AUGCCUUUGGCUUUCCGUUGCUUGCCAGUACUUGCAGCAUCCCCUACCCUGCGAGCUCAGUAUUGUGGUGAGGGCAGUGGCUUCAUUCUCAUGUCGAUACCGGUACAGGAAAUGGUGUACGUGGACGCCAUUUUGCGGAACGGUUUCGAUGAUAUCGAGACUCUGGCCGAGAUGAGAGAGGAGCACAUGAAGUCCAUGGGCUUCUUGCCUGGCCAUGCCUUGAAGCUCAAGAAGCGCUUGCGGGAGUUCAUUGGCGAGGAGGCACCCUCCACCGUGAAGACCGUCAGCGAGCCGAGUAACGUCACCCGAACAUCUCGGCGGAGAACGCGCUCUCAGUGCAGCAGAGCUGGGCGGAGGUGCGGAAGUUAG